CCCGAUGAUUGGCUUGUUUCCCAACCGUCACACACGCGGCCAAGAGGACGAGAAGGACGUCGAUGAGAACGACGAGAACCAGAAUGAUGAUGAUGACGACGACGACGAGAAUGACGACGACGACGACGAAGUCAAACGCAUUAGAUCGAGAAUUCGAAACCACAUGGCUUCUGAUCGAAAAUCCAACCUUUUGUCCUCUCCAGGGGAGGACUGGGUCUUCAUGUGCCCAGAAUACAUUUUGGACCUCGCUAAGACAAAUGUCAAUUGUCCCUACUGCACCCGACGCAUCAAGCCAGCUAACGUUUCACUCGAUCGUGUAAACAACAAGCUGGGUCAUGUUCCUACGAAUCUCGUUCUCUGCUGCGGCCCAUGCAACAUCGCUCGCUCUGACUUCUUUUCCGUCACCGAAUUUAUGGCUGUUUGCGCCCUGGUUCUUGCAAUGCGGACCGAGCCGAAGGCGUCUUCCCAUUCUAUCGCUGUCAAGGAGCCUCCUCAAGUGCUGUCCAAAUUGCCAAAGCUCCAAUCGUAUGAAGCGAUCAAAAAAGCCAAAAUAGCUGAAAGAAGCGAUAAGAUUCGUUUUGGCUUGAUGAAAAAGCUGGUCAUUGACAGGACGUGUCGAAAACAAGAAGUUCUCGACAUAGCUAAGACUUGUGUCGAAGAGUUUGCUUUCGAUGAAGAUUGGAUUGAAACAUCCUUCAAGAUGGGUACGGGACACAAGGAAGUAGUCGCAGAUUGUGUUGCGGCGUGGGCACAUUCGAUAGAAUUCGACAAGAUUCAAUAUGAGUUAUAUCGCUUGCGUAUUAGUGAGAGUGAAGAUGAUGAGUUACAUCGCUUGCAUGUUAGUGAGAGUGAGGAUGAUGAAUAAGUGCGGCAAAUUGCCAAUGGAUCAGUGUAUUAAAAGUCGACAUCCUAUGGUCCAAAUCUUUCCGCUGACCCCAUGAAUAUAGCACAUGAGCC